UACUAAUCACGUGACAGCAGCUUUUAGAGGAACCUGUGUCAGAAGCUGCCCUCUGAAGUGACAGCUCAGGGAACCGGGCAGCCCAGAAACCCAGGCGUGGAGACUGAUCCUGCGAGAGGAAGGGGUUCAUCAUGGCGGAUGACCUAAAACGAUUCCUGUACAAAAAAUUACCAAGUGUUGAGGGGCUCCAUGCUAUUGUUGUGUCAGAUAGAGAUGGCGUGCCUGUCAUUAAAGUGGCCAAUGAUAAUGCUCCAGAGCACGCUUUGAGACCUGGCUUCUUGUCUACUUUUGCCCUUGCAACAGACCAAGGGAGCAAACUUGGACUUUCAAAAAAUAAAAGUAUCAUCUGUUACUAUAACACCUACCAGGUGGUUCAAUUCAAUCGUUUACCUUUGGUGGUGAGUUUCAUAGCCAGCAGCAAUGCUAAUACAGGACUAAUUGUCAGCCUAGAAAAGGAACUUGCUCCAUUAUUUGAAGAAUUGAGACAAGUUGUGGAAGUUUCUUAAUCUGGCAGUGGUUUCUAUGUAUACCUUAUCUUCAUUAUAUCAGACAGUAUCAAUCCAGCAAUCUUUAGACCACAACAACACUUGUAUCCAUGUACUCAAGAAAGGGCCCCUUUUUCCACCUUACACUAGAGAAAGAGCCUAUAGAUAGAAUUUACAGACAGAUUGAUUGUUCUUUUCUUGUGUAGGGCCUUUUCCUAUUUGUGAGAUCUGGGGAUUGCACAGAAAUGGUUCAAUCUAUCACAGCUCCUAUGGAGUUAGUCCAGUCACCAAAUAUGCAUGAGAUUCUAUUCGGUGGCUCAGAAUCAAAAUGAUACUUUGACCCACUUGAGCCAUGGAGUGAUCCCUAUUGUACAGUGUGCCAGGCCUGCAGAAUGAAGCAGACUCUUUUUAUUGUGAAUAGUGAGGACAUAUUUUUCUUCGUAUUAUUUUAUUUGCAUUGAGAGGAAGAUAAAAUGGCUUAGUAAAAGUAAUAAAAUCAGUGCAGUCGCUAACUUUCCUUUGUAUGUCUUGUUUUGCAGUGCAGGUGAGUGUUACUAACUGAUCUGAUUCUUCUCAGAGGGCACUGCUCUUUACUGGAAAUGAAAAUGAUAGCUAAUGGGUUUUUCCUCCACUCUGCUGUCUGUAACCAAUCAGUGUUUUUUAAUGUUUGUGUAUUCUUUAUAAAAUUUAGAUGUGAUUCAUUAUUGAAUUGUUCCCAAUAUUGGUAUGUAUGUAAACAUGGUAGUAUAGCCCUUUUUUUUCAUACAUGAGUAUAAAUAAAAUAGUAUUUUUAGAAGUACAGUUUGAGCACUAUGUAGGUUUUUUCCCCCAGACUGUUUUCAAACGUUUAAAGACUAUAAUUAACUUAAUUCACUCUUUCAACCACACGAAUAAGUGACUGUUUCACGUCUGGUUUGGAGACCGUUUUACCUAACAUAAACUGUCAGUUGGAAAAUAAACCUCAUCCAUGAGCCUAAUUUAAUCUCUGAAAUUGGUAUCACAGUUCUAGCGUGUGCUUUUCAUGUUCAGGAAUGCAGUCUAUCAUUCAAGGUUGUUAAUUUCCUCCUGGGAUCUUUGACAAUCAGAGUUUGUCACUGGUACCUGGCAUUGAGCACCUACUGUGCAGCAUUCACUAGCGCUACCACACUGCAGAAUUCUAAGGAACGCAGUGUACGUCAUAUUUCUGUGCUCCAGGAGUGCGUUUUACACGACAUGUGUACGAAUGCAGUCCCUCAAGUUGUGCAGUGAGAUCAGCCGGGCACUGUGCCUGCCUCCUUCCUUCUUCUUGCCUUCCUUUCUUCCUCCCUCCUUCCCUCUCUUCUCCCAUCCUCUACAAAUAUGAGACUAAAUUGUGGUACCUAUCUUUAAAGAAUGUACAGCUCAGUAAACGGAACAGGUAUAGGAAGCGCUGUGAUGAAGCUGUGCACAGGGUGCUAUAGAAAACACAGAAUGGGGCAUUUAAAUUGGGCAAGAACAACAGCCUUUACAAAGAAAUAGAGGCAGGAGCUAUGUUUUACCUGCAGCAUGCUAUACAUAGUUAAUUGUUAUAACCUAAUGAAGCAUUAGACACAUCCAUUAAAAUCUAGAAUUCCCAUUAUCCAGAUUAUUAUUUAAUAGUGUCCAGGAAGUUUUUGCCAAUGCAGUGAUGCAUGAAGCAAGAAAGUCUUUUAUAAAUGAGGUGACCAAAAUUGUAAUUACUGGUAAUUUUAUAUGUAUACCUACAUACAUUCAUACCCACCACCCAGGAAAGAGAACUAAUAAAUGGAGAUAUUUAACCUUUGCAUGGUGAACACUGCUACUAUUAAAAUUUCUAUUUUAAGGGGUAUAAUAGUUAAAUUAUUCUUUAGUUCAUCCAGAAAAAUAAGGUGAAACUUUCUAAGGAAUUUUUGAAAAGGUAAUAUAAAACUAGAUUAUUUUUAAAGGAUAGUGUAAAACUACAUCAGGUGCGCAACUAGACAGAUGAGUAGAGCAGAAUAACCCAGAAACAGACUUUAGUACAUACAUAUGAGGAGUUAAAACAUUGUAAAGAUGACAUCAUAAGUCAAUUGGGAAAAAUUUAUCAAAAAAUUAGCACAGACAUUCUUUAUGCCCUACUGAUGGAAGUGUGAAUUGUUAUAUCCUUCUAAAUAGGACAACUUGGCUAUUUCUACCAAACUCAAGUGCACAUAGCCUUUCACCCAAUGUAUUAGGAUUCUCCAGAGAAAGAGAACCCACAGACACAAAAUAUUUAAUUUGGGCACCCCAUGUUGAGUCAAAUUGACACAAAAGCCCACAAUUCCACUUCUAGAUAUUUAUGUUACCGAUGCAUAUGGAUGUGUGAAAAGUAUAUACUUAUAUUCAUUGCAAUUUAGUAACAUUAAAGGAUUGGAAACAAGUAUCCAUCAUAGAUGAGGUGACCUGUUUUUUUUGUUUUUUGUUUUGUAACAAUGCCAGUUUAUACCUGCUGUUCUUGGUGUAAUUAUUAGUGCUCCUUUCAACUCUGAAGGGUCCCACUUUAGAUGGAUUAUAUGUUCACCCUAAUCAUAGAGGGUUGGUUAAAGAAAUUUCUACAUUUGUCCAAUGGAAAAAAGAAUGAAGAAGACUUUAGGUACUGAGAUGGAAUGAUCUCCAAAACAUAAUGUUCAGAAGAAAAAGCAUGGUGUGAAACUGUGUGCUAUGCUACAACUUAUGUAUAGGAAGAAAAAAUAUAGAUGUAUGUUCAUAUUUGCUUGUAUAUGCUAGGUAUCUCUGAAGAUGCACAGGACGUGGUAACAUGGGUAGCCUCCAUGGCGUGGAACUAGGUACCUGGGGGACAGAGUUCCCAGGAGUGACCCUUUUCACUGUAAACUUUACUUAUUGAAUUGUUAACUAUCCAAAAAUGAUAAAAUUAACUAAAUAAAAUAUUUCAGCCAACAACAAAAUUUAUAAUAAAAUGGUGAUGAGGUAUUUGGGAAAGAAAGUUGUAUCAC